CUACCAUCACUGGUAUCUGUGAACUUGAAUUCUAAUUCUACCCCGCACAUCUCCGUCCUGAUGGCACAACCUGCGAAACCCCAAGUACAGCCAUGUCGCUACAAGACAGGCAAGACACUAGGUGCAGGCUCAUACUCUGUUGUCAAGGAAUGCGUACAUAUUGACACCGGUCGCUACUAUGCCGCAAAGGUCAUCAACAAGCGCCUGAUGGCGGGGCGUGAACACAUGGUCCGAAAUGAAAUCGCCGUACUGAAGAAAGUGUCCAUGGGUCACCAAAAUAUCCUCACCCUGGUCGACUACUUUGAGACUAUGAAUAACUUGUACCUUGUUACAGACCUCGCUUUGGGUGGAGAGCUCUUCGAUCGCAUCUGCCGAAAGGGCAGCUACUACGAAACCGAUGCAGCAGGCCUCAUCCGCGCCGUACUCUCUGCCGUAGCUUAUCUUCAUGACCAUGGAAUUGUGCAUCGUGACCUCAAGCCUGAGAAUCUGCUGUUCCGUACCCCAGAAGAUAAUGCAGAUCUCUUGAUAGCCGACUUCGGCUUGUCCAGGAUCAUGGACGAGGAGCAGUUCCACGUCCUGACAACAACAUGCGGAACUCCAGGCUACAUGGCGCCAGAGAUUUUCAAAAAGAGCGGACAUGGAAAGCCAGUUGAUAUUUGGGCCAUCGGCGUUAUCACUUACUUCCUCCUUUGUGGAUACACCCCAUUCGACCGUGAUUCCAACCUUGAAGAAAUGCAGGCAAUUCUAGCAGCGGACUACUCAUUCACACCACUGGAGUACUGGCGCGGUGUAUCGCAAGAGGCACGCAACUUCAUCAAAAACUGCCUAACCAUUGACCCGGCCCAGCGCAUGACCGCCCACCAAGCACUGCAACACACGUGGAUCAAUCCACCAUAUGACAGCUCGCGGACCGGUUCCGGCGAGGACCUGCUACCGACCGUCAAACGGAACUUCAACGCGCGUCGCACUCUGCAUCGUGCUAUCGAUACUGUGCGCGCUAUCAACAAGCUGCGCGAGGGUGGUGGCUUCAUGAUGGAUGGCGUUAUGAGCAUCGAUCCUAAGCCAGAGCGUGUGAAUGGUAGUGAGAUCACAGACGAGUCUGGACAUUCCGCUCAUGGUGAUGGUGCCGGGACUCCGAUGCAGAUUGAUAGCCGGGGUAAUGCGCGUGGGCAGACUGAGUCACAGAUUCGCGACCAGGAGCGGAGAGUUAAGGAGACUAUGGCUGGUCUAUGGAGUCGUGGGGCUCAUGCAAAAUAA